AUGUCGUCGAAGUCCAGAACUGUUCCCACACAGAGUGAGAUCACUCUCGUGCCUGAGAACCUCCUCAAGAAGAGGAAGUCUCAGGAGAAGGCUCGUGAGGAGCGCGCGAUCGCAACACGUGAGAAGCGAGACAAGAGCAAGAAGAAGCGCGAGGUCAUCUUCACGAGAGCUGAGAAGUAUGUGAAGGAGUACCGCGAUGCCGAGCGGGAGCGCGUGCGCUUGUCGCGCGAAGCCAAGAAGAGCGACAGCCUAUACGUCCCCGCCGAGCCCAAACUCGCCUUCGUCGUCCGGAUAAAGGGUAUCAACAAGAUUGAUCCCAAGAAGCGCAAGACACUGCAGCUUCUGCGGUUACUUCAGAUCAACAAUGGCGUCUUCGUCAAGCUUACCAAGGCGACUAUGGAGAUGCUGAAGAUUGUUGAGCCCUUCGUUGCUUAUGGCUACCCGAACCAGAAGUCGGUUCGUGAGCUUAUCUACAAGCGUGGCUAUGGCAAGGUCGACAAGCAACGCCUUCCUCUGACCGACAACGAGAUUAUCGAAGAGAACCUUGGCAAAUACGGCAUGAUCUGUAUGGAAGAUCUUAUCCAUGAGAUCUGCACCGUUGGGCCAAACUUCAAGGCUGCUUCAAACUUCCUCUGGCCGUUUAAGCUUAACAGUCCUACUGGUGGCUUCCGCAAGAGGAAGUUCAAGCACUUCAUCGAAGGUGGUGACUUGGGCAACCGGGAAGACAAGAUCAAUGAAUUGAUCAGGCAGAUGAAUUAG